AUGCCAGGCACGCGACCCACAAGAAAGGCAACCGUCCCUAAGGCGGCCCCUGCUCCUGCAAAGAAGACCGCAUCCGCACCCACAAAGAAGGCUGUUGUCGCACCCAAGAGCAAAAAGAGAACCGUCGAAGAGGCACAAGACGACUCUGAUGACGAGUUUGGCGAGGUUGCCAUUGACAUGGCCUCAGACGAUGACGAUGAAGAUAUGGACGGUGACGACGAGUCCGACGACGCCGACGACUUUCCCGAGGAGGGUCAGGACAUGUCUGCCGCAGAUCUCGAUGAGGACGAGGACGAGGACUCUGAAGGGUCGUACAUGGAUGGUGACAGCAUUGCCGACAGCCAGGAGGAGCUGGACGAUGAGGAUGCUGACGAGGAGGACGAGGAGAGCGAUUUUGACGAUCUGGUCGAGGACGAUAUCGACCCUAACUUUGGUCACAACUUGAACGAGCCCCUGGCACCCGAGAGCGACUACACCCCCAUCAUCAGAGAAUACCCAGAGAUCGACCCUGUCUACGACAGUGAUUCUUCCACUGAGGAGAACGACAACACAGUCGGAAAUAUCCCCAUGCACUGGUAUGAUGAUUACCCCCACAUCGGAUACGAUAUUGACGGCAAGAAGAUCAUGAGGCCCGCCACCGGAGACGAGCUCGACAAGUUCCUUAGCACUAUGGAUGAUCCAGACUCCUGGUUGUCUGCCCACAACUACAAGGACGGUCAGGAUGUCAAGCUGUCAGCAGAGGAGCUCGAGAUUAUUCGUCGUUUGGAGGGCAACCGUAUCCCCGAUGCCGACUACAACCCCUACGAGGAUCAGGUCGAGUUCUUCUCUUCCAAGACAGAGAUUAUGCCCUUGUCUGCUGCUCCUGAGCCUAAGCGUCGUUUCAUUCCUUCGAAGCAUGAGGCCAAGAGGAUCAUGAAGAUUGUUCGUGCCAUUCGCGAGGGUCGCAUUGUUCCCCGCAAGUCUGGAUACGUUCCCCCCAAGCCCAAGUACUACAACCUUUGGAACGAUUCCGAGGACAAGCCCAGGGAAGAGCAUGUGAUGCACAUUACUGCGCCCAAGAUGAAGUUGCCCACCCACGACGAGAGUUACAACCCUCCCGCAGAAUACUUGCCAACCGAGGAGGAGAUCAAGGAGUGGAACGAGUUGGACAAGGAGGAUCGCCCCAAGAAUUACCUCCCUCAAAAGUACAACGCCCUCAGGAACGUCCCCGGAUACGGCCAAUUCAUUCAGGAGCGUUUCGAGCGUUGUUUGGAUCUUUACCUUGCGCCUCGUGUCAGGAAGAACCGCUUGAACAUCGACCCCGAGAGUUUGAUCCCCAAGCUUCCUUCGCCCCGUGACCUUCAGCCUUUCCCUACCCGCCUGGCGAUCGAGUUCCUUGGUCACGAAGGACGCGUCCGGUCCAUCUCUGUCGACCCUACUGGAUUGUGGAUGGCUUCCGGAUCUGACGACAAGACCGUCCGUAUUUGGGAGAUCUCUACCGGUCGCUGCAUGGCCACCUACCACUUGGAUGAGCUCGUUACAUCAGUCGUUUGGGGACCUAGCAAGGAGGUCGCUGUCCUCGCUGUCGCUUGCGGUUACAAGGUUGGACUUAUUUUGCCUGAGAAGCUCUUCUCGCCUGAGCUGACCUUGCAUUCAGAGGAGUACUUGAAGGCUGGAUUCGCCAACGUCGCUACUGGCGAGCCCAACCCUAAGGCGCAGUGGAAGCAGCCCACACCUGCCGAGUUUGAGAAGGGCAUUCGCGUCUGGGUUCAUCUUCAGAAGCCCGUGAAGCAGGUGACAUGGCAUCGCAAGGGAGACUACUUCUCGACUGUCGCCCCCGACGCCAACAACUCUGCUGUUCUUAUUCACCAGUUGACCAAGCACCAGACCCAGCAGCCCUUCAAGAAGAACAAGGGAGCUGUCCAGCGCGUCAUGUUCCACCCCACCAAGCCCAUGUUCUUUGUUGCUACCCAGCGUUAUGUCCGCCAGUACAACUUGCAGCGUCAGGAGUUGGUGAAGACAAUGCAGACGGGAGUCAAGUGGAUCUCGUCGCUGGAUGUCCACCCUGCAGGUGACAACUUGAUCAUUGGUUCAUAUGACAAGCGUCUCUGCUGGUUUGAUCUCGAUUUGUCGUCCAAGCCUUACAAGACCUUGAGAUACCAUCAGCAGGCUAUUCGCUCGGUCGCCUACCACAAGCGUUACCCUCUCUUUGCUUCCUGCGCUGAUGACGGUAAUGUUCAGAUUUUCCACGGCAUGGUCUACAACGAUCUGUUGCAGAACCCCCUUAUUGUGCCCGUCAAGAUCCUCAAGAAUGUCCACCAGCGUGUCGACGCACUUGGUGCGUUGUGCGUGGAGUGGCACCCUACCCAGCCCUGGCUCAUUUCCAGUGGUGCCGAUCACACCAUCAAGCUGAAUGUCACCCUGUCCUCAAGGAUAGGGUCGACCGGCUCGCAAUUGAUAUCACCCAUCAAUGAGGUCAGGAAACGGACAGGGCGGAGGGUUCUGCAUCGUCCCCGACCACUGGACCUGGAUCAUACCAAGCUACAUCGGCAUAGCAGCCAGAACAUUCACACCGGAGGAGCAGCAGGGUCGGGAACUGGAUCGGAUUCUAGACCGCCGUCGUCUGUACCUGUAUCGGGAUCUGCACACGGCUUAGGAAUCGGGCAGUCAGGAUCGCCUACACCAGAUGCGAAGAAGCAUAAGUUCCCGCUGUUGCAUAUCAAAACCGACUUUCAUCGCCCAGCGCAUUUCCGGCGAGCUACAACAGGACCAGGGGUUCCUCCUCAACAAAUGGGUGCACCUCCCAUGACCGCCAACAUCAACAACUAUACCAACAGCAUGAACGCUGCGACAGCUGCAAAGGAGGAGGGACAGAAAAAGCCGCCAAGUCAAUGGCAGGUCGGACUAGAGCGCAUGCUGAAGAAAAUUCAACGACGGAACCGAGCACCCUCCAACCUGAUGUGGUAUGCAGCUCAUUCAACAGAGUCUUACCUUUCAGGAGCCACGCUGGAAUCUCGGCCAGGAGCACUCAAGCAUGAAGUGGAUGCAGAGACGGAGAGCCUGUACUUUGGUCACGACAAGCCUCCUAAAUGGGUGGUGGAUUCCUUGCAGGGUGAGGAGCUUUUCUUCAGUGACGACACAGUGGACUUGGUAAUGGGACUUCGGGACUACCUGAUCAAGGCGACUGACAGCGGAUGGGACAUUGGCGAACUCAAGGAAGAGAUCUUUCCCAUAGAACCCAAGCCUCCUAUUCUCGGUCGCAGCAGGAAUAGGUCAGUAUCACCUCACGAGAGUCCAAGGAAGAGUUCGGCUAAUGGUAGCCCACGGAGAUCCCCGUCCCCUCACUACUCGGCACCAGCAUCACCAGGAGCGGCAUCACAGGAAUCAUUCCAUUCGAACGACGCCGACAACGUUUUUCAACAAGCAGCGGGCCGCUAUGUGGAGGAGGUGGAGGCAUAUCGACUUUUGGACUACUUCAUCGCUGUCCUAUCCGAUAUCAUCUCGCACGACUGUCGGUACAUGGUACAGAACCCUCGACCUUCACGGCCCGAAUGGGUGCUGCACUCAUUUGUUCUCGACAUCCUGUUCCUCCUCGCCAAAUCGCUCUCAGCGGACCACAAGGCGGUCUACGACAUUGGGAUGAUUGCGCUAUCGGCUUUCCCCAUCUUCAAAAACCACGCCCUUGUGCGCUUACUGGACUUGAUGGCUGAUGUGAUCCUGCCAUCGUUUGCGCUUUCCAGGACCCAGUGCUAUGCCUCGCUGUCAAGGUCGCCACCAUUGACACCGCUGGACUCAGCAUCUCCUAUAUCGCCAUCCGAAAUCCGCGUGCAACUGGACAACAAUCAAACGUUCGCUAUUCAGGUUCACUCGCCAACUGAGGAACAGGGACUACUAUCUGUACCUCGACAGCGCAGGCAAUCAAUCAACUCACCAAGGAUGCCCAGUUCGAGGUCGAGCUCGACAUCUAUACCUAUGGCUGGUCAUGUAUCACAGGCGCAAGAUAUUCUGGACACGCACGCGAGCUCACUCAUCCAGUUGACACUUUUGGCGAUCCUCCAACAGAUUUCAUUCUCCAACUCGCCAUUACCGGUCGCCAAGCAGGUGGAGAAGUCUAUAGGAGGACUUCUCAGGAUCAAGACGGAUCUGUCGGUGGAUCUACUGGAGGUCAUUUCGAUCGUCGAGAAUGAGAAGGUUAUGAGGCGGGCGGUAGAGGUCCUUUGGUGGGUUGGGAAGCCUUCGCUGGGACACCUGACACUGGCCGAAAAGUUCUUCCCGCUCGACUAUGACUCCAUCAUGGCUAUACGGCAGACUCAGCAGGACUGGAGCGCGCCUGGUAUAGCAAGUGGACUCAGGACCAACCCUGUCAAGUCGGAUACCUUGUUCUCAUUCCGCCGUGGAUCAUUGGAUGAGUCCGCUAUCCCCAUGACUGAUUUCGCUAGUCAUAACAACUCUGUUGGGAGCUUCAAGAUUCGCCAGAGACUGCCACACCGACCCGGACUGCCUUGGAAAUCUGGACAUGGAUCGAAACACGGUACCAAAACCAGCGCACAUCAGGAGUCGGCAGCUGUCGCAUCUGUUGGGACCGACUAUCUGGCGGAGCACGAGUUGUACCCUUACAUGUUCUCAACAGAGGAGGAGACGGAGGCUGGUCAGGGGCAGUUGUCGAGCCAUAUCUGUGAGCGAUGUGAGACGACCAUGCUUGGCUUUGGGCUCUUCUGCUACCACUGCCGGGGAUCUAUCCACCUGGAAUGCUUUUACUUUGUCAAGCGAUUCGCAGGGAUCGAUUGUACACAUCCCGGUUGCUCCUUGGAUUCGAUCCAGAGGCGGCCACGAAACCAGCUUGUUUAUCCUGACGAAGGCGGCAUGUAUGAGAGCAACACGAACAGGAUCUACAGGAUCCGGGCUGGUCAUCCCCUGCAGCUGGUCAACAUGUUCUCGACCUGUCUUUGCUCGGCCUGCAAACUCCCACUGUGGGGUCACCACCAUCAGGCCUACCGGUGUCAGGAAUGCCUGCAGUUGAUGCAUUUGGACUGCAAGGGUGUUGCUCCAGAAUGUGGUGGAAACGCGCAAUCAGUGGCUCUCCGCCACUCCUUCCCAUCGCAGAUUACCUACGAGGAUAUGAGGCAGAGCUUUUUGGACUUUUACCAGGACAUUGUAUCGACAUGGCGCACCGCUCAGACUGGUUCCUCGACCCCCGGCAUGUCACGACAUUCCAUGACCGGACCACCAUCACCUGCUGCAUCCAAGGACAAGUUUUCGUACGAGGAAGCCAGCUGCAACUCUAGCGUGCUCACCAUACAACUGGAGUUACUCAAGGCCGGAAUGACGCGUGGCGAGAUUCAGGUGCUUGACUGGCUGCAGGAUGGACAUAUGACAGAUCAAAGUCUUAUGGCGGCAAGUAGUUUCGAGUUGGUGGUGAUCCAGGCUUACUUCGCGGAGCUCGCCAAGCAACUGCAGGAUCCAGGACCCUUACCAGGAACGUCAUUGUUUCUUUCGGACUUCUUUGAGGACUCCAAGCCAGACCAGUUCCUAUUGUUCUCGGAGCUGUACUGGGGCCAUUUUGCAGCUGUUGCAAAGACAAUGAUCAAUGACUCUGACUCGGCAGAGUUGUCCUUCCGACACCCUUUCUUUUCACAUUCGAACGAGUGGGGGAACGCACUAGAGGACGACAUCUUUGAGCACGAGUUGGACGUGGCGCAGGAGCAACUUCUUGCGGGACAUUCAGUGCGGUCUGCCAACAUCACCUUGUCCAGUCUAUUCAAGUUCUGUAUGAGACGACUUGGAUUCAGGAGUGCUUGGACUAUGCGGAUGAUCUUGCAGGAGUGGGUCAAGAUGGGACUUCUGGAGCGACUGGACGGCGAGCUGUUUUUGUUUGAGGUGUCGACCAUGGAUCCGAUCUCCCCGCCUCCGACCAUGCCUGUUUUCCGCUCCAUCGGUCAGGAGCCCACUCCACCAGCGGCCCAUCUCUCGCAGGCACUGCCUACGUUCCAGACAUCCUCAUACGAUAACGCGGAUGGCAAGAGCAACGUUGUGACCUACCGCUCGGUGCACUGCCUCUUCCCGAUCGUCACCGCGAUUGACCCGACGCCAAAUGUGGAGCAUUUGAUCCACUCGAUUUGGCGCUGUUUAUCGAGUGUCGAUCUGUCUGUCAACGAAUGCGGCUUCUUGCUGCUCACCCGUCAGUGCUGGCCGGAUCCGUUCAUGUCUGAUUACACUACGGAGCGUUUGGUCGGCUGCGUGUUCCACUGGCUGCUGUUGGAAGACGAUCAGCUAGUAGUGAUCCACAAGAACUAUGCCUCCAAGGGCAAGAAUAUCCCAGGCGUCAGGGUUGGGCUGGAGGAGCAAAUGGCCGUCAAGCGAGCUGUGACAGGACUCAACAUCACCGGCACCGGGAUAUCUGAUGGUGUUGGUGCUGGUACUGGAACUGAGACUGGAGCCAGUUCAGCAACCGUGGCUGCAACAGUGGUAGCAGGCGGGACAGGAACAGGAACGGGAGCAGGAACAGGAACAGGAACAGGACUCGGUGGAGGAUCGCAAGCCAAUGCCAGGAACAACUCUGUCACUUCGAACUUGUUUGGUUCCGUGGGUUCGUAUGUGAUGACCAGGAAGCUGAUUGUUAAGAAGUUUGCUCUCCCUUGGUUGAAGAAGGUCAUGGAGCUGGAUGUCGAUCGAUACAAGGACAUCUGUCAUCGUCAAAUCAGGAUCCUGGAGCGCGAAAUGGCACCAGAGGCUGGGUGCGACUCCUUUGUGAGCGAGGACAAAGAGGAGUUUCAACAUGCACAGAAAGAGCGAUAUCUAGAAUCGAUCACAAAGCUUCGUCAUGCGGGAUUUCUGUUCAACUGCUUCUCGGAUGUUCUUUGUCGAUGGCUGGAAGAGGUCGAAGAGAUGCUGGAAGGAAUGGAUCUGGCCAGCAAACCUUUUAAGACUCUGAAUCGACUCUUUUUGAAGGCGAGCAGCAGGACCGGUAGCGGACUCGGACUCGGAACUACCAAUCCUUUUGGUGGCGAGCACUCUUCGACAGGUUUUUCGAGUCGAGGGGCUACUGGAGUAGGAGGCAAGCCGGGCGAUGGCGAGUGGCGAAACCGACUUAAGACAAAGCUUCAUUAUGGAUCCAGCAAAGAGAGCAUGCGCACCCAAUCCCCGACUGGCUCAGAUCGCAUCCCGGACACCGCUUCGGUUUCGGGUCAGGAUCCGCCUCACCCCGAGGAAGAUAUUGGAGAAACGCCACUAGGUACUCUCAGGAUCAUUCUAGAGUCUUCACAUCACCAAGGCGUUGAAGGUGCAUUGAGAUGGCUCACACUCAUGGUUCAGAGUGGAGUCACGGUUCCAACACAGGCGUUUGUAGAGUGCAGCAAGAGCUUGGCCGAUAUGUCGCAAACACCUGCGAUUCCCUCCGUCGACAACCAACCCUCAACACCUACAAUAGCGCUAACAGCAGCUGCACCGACAGUUGCAGGAGCAUUGGGGGAUGGCAAUAACCCUCCGAGAACUUCGCCUUUGCUCUCGGCUCCAGCAAACAGCACGGCGUCGGGUUCAGCUGCAGGAUCGUCCUCCUUCCAGCAACCUUCACUGCGCACCAAUAGUGUAAGAGUCUUGUACCAGUCUCAAAUCUUUCUGACGGCUUGCUGGAAUUCAUUGACGCCCACCUCCACGUCGCAGAAUAUAUCUGAGGGUGAUGCAGAACAGAUUCUGGAGUCAGUCUUGGCUGCAAACCAGGAGACGGUGACGCGAGUGAUGUUCGAGCGACUUUAUGAUGCAGACCCCAAGGAGUUAGAGUGUGUGCGACAACUGCUCCGGUAUGCGUUGGCGAUAUUCAUGUAUGUGACAGGAUGUCCUUUGCAGAUCAUCAUCGGAUUGCAGCUGGUGCCUGCCCAGCCAAAUCCAAAGUCCACCAACAGCCCGUACACUGUUCAAAGCGACAAGACCUUCUGGCCGCUCCACCAACAGCUCCACAGGAGACAGCACUAUGGCCCUUCUCAGCUGAUGGCCCUCGACAAAGAAUCGGUCACCAUCAGCAUGUUCUUGAAGUCGCUCCGCUCCAAAUCGUUGUCUAUUCAGGGAGAGGUCAUCAAAAGUUUGUCGGUGAUGUUGGGGGAAGCAGAACGCGUGUCCAACAUGGACGACUUUGCUGAUAGUAUACAUAAGGAGAUGUUGCCCUGUCUUUGGGAGCUGUUGUCGCCGUUGAAUGACCAUAUGGCCGACACAACUUUACCCUUGUUGAUGCAAUUCGCGUUCAUUCGACCAGGGUACUUGCACAAGACGGUCGCGCAGAUCUUCAGUGACCCCGACUGGGAGGUUCGAUUUGGUGCCCUGGACCCAGUUUUUGGCCUGUUCUCAAAACUGGACGAUGCUUUGGUCAUGAAGCUGUUCUUCCAGCAGCCAAUGGUGAACACAGUCCGUACCAACGCAAAAGGCAAGGGCGUCGAUCGAGGAUACCAUCACCACCAACCCCCUCACAUCCAUCAUCACCAACGGCGAACAGGAACAGGAGCCAUGUCGUACGAGCCAGAUUACAGCGGCAGCGAGCGGAAUGGAACUGGCUUGAACGGUGGUGGUGGAGGCGGCGGGACGUUCAGCAGGACUCAUUAUGGAUCUACAUUCACAGGAGGCACUUUUGGCGACCGAGGGCAGCAAUAUUCGGCUCUGGGAGAGUUUCAACCGGACCAUCUCCAAAUUCUGGGGCCUAUUUUCAGUCAUUUCGUGUCGUCGAUGUGGGAUAAAGAGGAGGCUGUCCGUUCCAAGGCCAAGACGUUGUUGAAGUCCUUGCAGCCCGUACAUAUUGGUCACGCGCUCAAGGCUUGGGAGUUGCACUUUAUUACCAGUCCGCCGGAUGGUCAGCAGAACCUUUUGAAGCUGAUGUCGCGACUCAACAACUAUUUCCCAGGCUGGAAGAUUAUGGAUUAUGGUCUGAUAUUCCGGUUGCUGACGAGUGGCGAGCUGGGUCAGACCAAUGUCCUUGACUCGGGUGCAUCUAUGACGAGUCAUGGGAACGGUGGCGGUGGCGGUGAUAGUACUCGAUCGAGUAUCCAUGGUGGUGGAGGAGGAGGCGAAGAGCGAGCCGGAAGUCUAAAGUCUUACAACGCCCUGGACACCGAGCGGCAGAAACGUGAGACCUUGGCGCCGGAACCUGACUCAAAGGGCCUCAAGUCGAGGAGGGCGUCGUUUACGUCGCUGUCGGCCUUGGAAAAGUCUAAUGAGUCUAACCUUCAUCUACGCAUGGGACGACGGUCAUCAUUCGCUACGAUGCCUAUUCUCGAUGGACCGCUGUUGCCAAGAGCUACCUUAGCCGCCGAACAAUCGCGGAGUCAACGGAGGGCGUCCAUUGUUUCUACGACCCCAUCGUCGGCGGCUUCUCUCUCGGGCGCGUCAUCUCUGGUUCUCGAAGACAUAGAGGCUCACGAGAAGCAAUUGGAGCUGGAGGACGAUAUCCACUGCAGUUUGUUGACGUUGGCGUUACAGAUGGUGGCGAACGGAAUUGAGCCCCGUUUGGAUGAAGUCAUUCAACUCAAGUACUUGGUUGUCUUCUACCUCGACUUCGAAGGGUGCGAGCUUGUGGGGAUUGGGCAGGGCAAGUUCCAGGUUCGCUAUGGAGAGUACAUCCCCAGACGGCGAGCCAGUCCGAUCCAUCGCGGAGCGAACGAGAAUUCUGCAGGCUCAGGGAGUUUGAAUGAUGUUCUCAAUGAUCCAGGUCAUGAGAACUUUGUGUUGGCUAUCUGUAUGAACUUGCAGCUUAUCCUGGAUCGGUAUGUCGAGAUCAAGCCUGAUUAUGAGGAGGACCCACCGACCCUCUACGACCUGCACAGGUCUCGUCCCGCAACCCCUGGGCCUGGUGGCAAUGUCGGUAAUGGAUAUGAUUCAGCCGGUACACCAGUGGACCUCAGCUCGCAGCAGCCUGUUAACGAUAGGACCUUUUCGUCGACCACAGGAACAACCACCACAGAUCAUGGCAAGGAGUCGUCCAGCCGAGGCGGCACAAUGACGACUCCUCAGCAGGAUACCGACAUCAACGAUGCUGAACACCACCCCCGACACUACGGUCUAUUUUGUUGGCCACGUCACAAGCACCAUGACGGCGACCAACAUCUCACCCACAGACAUACAGGAGACGGUCGCAUAGCCCAGAGUACAGCGUCUCAAAAGAACUCGUACCAGACCAACCCCAGCGCUCCAGUCUAUCAGCAAUAUCACCAUCACCACUACCGAAGGAAAUCGCAUCGCAGGCAUGACGAGAACACCCCCGUGGUCGGCACGUAUUUCGUGGACGUGAUUCUGCGAUUCUUUGGAUCCGAGACUGAUUUGGCGACUCUUCCCGCCGGAAGGCUCAAGAACUGGCUGGAGCUGUUGCUAAUUGUGAUCUACAAGUACGUCAAGGAGGUGGACCCACUCUCGGAUCUUGUAGUGGUACUGAUGAAGCGCAUUGUCGAGAUGCUGAUGGUCAAGAAGAGCGGACCCAAUGUCGCGAACGUCGUCCCUGCUUCGUCUCUCAAUGGAGCUGGUAUGGGAGGAGUGAGUGGAUCUACAGUUGGAUCUGCGAUGGGCUCUGGUCCUACUGCUGGUACCCCACCUGAAGGAGUCACAGUCCCUGCGGCAACACCAGCCGUUGUGGAAGAGUCCAUGUCAGAGGAGAAUAUCCUGCUGGCGAUCUCGAUUUGCUCGACAUUGUUGACGCGAUCCUCGACUAUGACGACGGCGUUGCUUUCGAGGGAGAUCAUGGCCAUGGGCAAGUUGAUGACCAAGAGGAGAGACGAUCCUGAUGACCCUGUCCUGAAUCGUGCCAGGAGCUUUCUGCAUGACGCCUUUGUUCACUUUAUGGGCAACGGUCUCUUUGUUCUUGUCUUCAAGACACAACCGGCGACGAAUAUCAGUUCACAGGGAUGGGAGGAGGAGGUCAACAAAGUCGAUCAGGACCUAGACCUCUUCUACGUUCUGGGCACGGUGCUAGGCGAGGACGAGAUGGUGCAGGCAGAUCCAACCGACAACCCGGGUCAUUCAGGAGCCAACCGUCUAGUUCAUAUCCGCGACCAACCCAUCCGCGAUAUUCUGGAUCGUGUCACCAUCUUUAGGGACCUAGAGCCUGUUCAAGUCUCGACUAUCCUCACCAACUUGGCUCUUUACGUUGAACGCGUCCACUCGAAAUGUCAUGACCCUCGCCUCUUCGCGGACAUGGCACAUUUCUUGAUCAAGAUCACCAAGUAUACCGCAGAGUGGGACCAACAGCAGCAUCAAAAGAGCAAGGAGCAAGCGGCGCAUUUGAGACAGGCGCAGGAGCAGCUAUUGCUUCAGCACCACCAUUUGAAGCAGAGUAUUAAGCAACGAGGGUCCCAGCAGUUGCUUUCUGGGAACACGUCGACGAUGGUUUCUAAUGGAUCUCCGAUUUAUUUGCAGCAGCACCAGAAGCUGCGGCAGAAGCAGGGGGUCAUGUCGGUGACAUCUGCUGGUGAGUCGACGCUGGUCAUGCCUGCCGAUCGUGCCUCGGCGGCUAUUGUUUCGUCUCCGCUUCCUGGGGGGCAUCCCUUUGUGCCCGCACGACCUACAGAGGCCCAACGGACCAACACAUCAACGACAUUGACAAUGUCAUUGACGCCGACGACCACAAAUAUGUCGACUCUGUCAGAUCAGGAAUACCAGGAAUUCGGUCAAUAUGCAGUGCAACAUUCGAAUGUGCCUUCAACCGGGACAUCCACACCAACACCUCCAGCAACCGUUAGACAGUCGAGUUCACGACAAAAGGCCGUGACGCCCAAGUCACCUGAAAGGGAAAGCAACCCCUACGUCAAGUACCGACCUCGACAGACUACUUUGAACCAAACGCUCGGCCGACAUCGCCAGGCAACAACGCACAACAACCAUUUGCCGCCUGCCCAGAAACGAGCACCGCCCCACCAUUGGGACUACAUCAACCCUACCUUAGGAAUGUGCUCGAUUCUGAUGAUCCAGAACCCUUUUGAGGGCCAUCAACUCGUCACGGCGGUGAAGCAUAUCCUCCGACAGGCCCUUUAUCGCGAUCGCAUCUCGGCCCCAGCGUUGAUCCGCGUCGUGACCGGGUACUGUUUCAUUGCCGAGCAGGAUUUCUCGCUCUCGCUUGUGAACGUCUUUGGCGAGUUUGUGGUUCAGGAGCUCAAGAUCUCGAUUCAGAGCCAUUCACAUGUGAGGUACGACGAGGAGUUUGUUGUGUGCGAUGAUGACAUAGAUGAUCUUUCGGACCAGGAGGAGUCGGACCUCCACCAUCGCCAUAGACAGAACGGUAACCGUCGGGGACGAUCGGGUUGGAAGAGCAAGGAUGGUGACAAGGGUGAGAAGAAGGGUUUGGGAGGAGCUGGAUCGAGCGGGGAGAGACUUCACUUGGGUCGUGGUCAUGUGCCUGCAGGACUUGGUGGAGUUGGAGGCGUUGGUGGUGGUGGUGGUGGUGGUGUUGGUGGCGGCGGAGGAAAUAAUGCCUCUGGAAGAACCAAGAUCCUCGCCCAUAACUUCCAUGUCCUUCACCAUCUGCUGAUAUGGGAUCUUGACCCGAAUUACAAUAUGGAAUGGACGAGGAUCAAGUGGGAGAUCCUGGGGUCGAUGCGGUUCCCACCUGGUCACCCGAUCUUGUUCCCUGGCGCCACUGACGCACUGCGCCAGGUGACGGCUUCUAUCAUCGGGGAUUGGAUCGAUGCAUGA